UAGAGACAUGGAAGGGCAUAUCCGUGCUGCACACCUCCGGUCAGCCGUAGCUUUGGUCGGCGUUUUGUCUUGUUUGGUGACUACUGUUGUGGAAGGUAAGGUUGUUGGGGCGUUUGUGCUUCCCCAUGGUGGGAUAGCACUUGAUCCCUCACACUUCAACACAACAAACCAGACGGCACUGCAGCAGGCAUGGCAGAUCCACAACGCAGCUCAGAAGGUUGGUCGCCAGAUCAACAGCCUCAGACCGGAUCUGUUGUUUCUGAGCACCCCGCAUGGGGUCGCUGAUCUUACCAACUUCUUGUUCUACCUGAACCCUAAAGGAUAUGGCUCGGCAGACACAGACAACUGCGCUUGCCCACCGUGUUGCUAUAAUGUGUCCGUGGACAUUGAUUCAGCAAUGUCAGAGACGUUGGUCGAAACACUCCAGAGAGAGGACUUAAAGAUAUCGGGGCUGUCUGCCUUUGGUCCGCCAGGAGGCGCUGAUGACCCGUUUCCACUGAGAUGGGCUGAGGUGAUUCCCCUUCACUUCAUCUCCAGCCUGAACACAACCUCCGUGGCGGUGUUGUCUCACCCCAGCCGCAGGUACAACCACAGUGUCGCCAUGGUACCGGAACUUCUCAGAUUAGGGAAGUCUUUAUACAAGUCUCUGGAGGCGUCCCGGCAGCGCGUGGUGGUGGUAGUGAGCGCGGACCUGGCUCACACGCACUCCGCAGACGGGCCGUACGGCUUCUCUCCCGCCGCACAGCCGUUUGAUCAGGCAUGUGGAGAGUGGGCGUCCACACUUGACGCUACUCCUUUAUUGGUCAAUGCUACAUCUCUGGUGGACGAAGCACUGUCCUGUGGUUACACCGGUCUGGUCAUGCUGCACGCCAUCUUGUCGACGUCAUCAACAUGGCGGCCAACCCUACUGGUGAACCACCAUCCCAGCUACUAUGGAAUGAUGGUCGCAUCUUUCAUUCCCAGCGCAUGAUAUUACAGGUCCAUGUAACGUAAGCUGUGCAGUGUCAUUUGUGCUAGAGCUAACUGAACGAAAAUGUGAAAAUGAUUAGCCAUUGGUUAUCAAGUGACAGGAGAGAAGGUAUGAAGUUGUAAUGUUCUUAAGUUCAUCCGGGUCACUCUUCUCGAAAGAGUGUGUUGGGUUCUUUAUUAAGGUGCCUAGAGCUCCCCCAUACACUGGACUAUUCCAAAGAACUACCUGUAUCAUAUCACUGUAGAGCCAGAAAGUAUACUGAUAUCAUGAUGCAGCUUUGUACUUGUAGUAAUCUGUAUUUUUAUAUCCCAGCAAAAUAUACAUGUUGCAGACAUUUACAGUGUACUUGAACUGUGACGGAAAAAAUGUGAUAAACAAUCUGAAAUGAACGUUUUGAAUAUAGAAGAUAACAUACAUGCAGUAUUGAUAAUAUAGAGCUUACCACGUGGAUCAACCUGCUCCGUCUGUAUUAGGAAAGACUGCACUACUACUCACUUAUCAAUGACCUGGUACGAUCGUCAUACGAUUAUAUUCUUGGGAUAAUCCUGCGUAUGUCUUACAAAAUCCAGUUAUCUCAUUACAGAAAAGGCUAUCUUGGGCCCUUGUCGGUAGUUGGACCUGUCACAGCCUGCGUGGAAAUUCUACGACAUCAAAAUCUUACCACGACCUGCGCCGAAUGUAGCAAGCGCCUGGUUUACCCUACCCAGUCAAUCUCUCUUACUUCUUCCUUCACUUUGUUAUCAAAGAUGAGCGCUGCUAUAAAUAUAAUACUUUAUCUGUUAAUCGUCAACACUUAUAUAACAUUCAUCACAGUUGAUCAGUGACUUAUCCAGGUUAAGCAUACAAGACUCCACCAUACGCGGUGGUUUUCAACAUCUAGACACAAUGUAUGGCCCACUGGAAUGGAUAUACCAUAUAAUCAUAUUAUCCUUAUUGAUGGUAACUACCUGGUCGACCAUCAGUAUAUCGCUACAGCAAUGUUACAUUCAACUUGUCACCUUCCCUGUAUAACAUUACAUUUUAUGAAGGCAAAACGGUUCCUAACAGAAUACAGUGCAUCUAAUGAAUUGUAGUCUGUUGGACAUGCAUAUGUAAAUGACUACAAUGACUACAGGUUUAUAGUACUAGUACUUCAUUGUGGAUCUGUGUUUUUGUGUGGCAUUUCUACUUUCCACAUUACCAGAAAAUGACUGAAGAAAAAUUGCUAUCAUUACCACGGUGCACCACACUCGCCCGGAAUUGAUUUCUAUUACUUUAAGUAACAUUUUAAGUACAGUUUGAAGUUUUUUUCAGUAAUCUACUAUUAUUUCCUAGAACGUGGAGCAGAACCCAGUCGAAAGAGCGAGAUGUGGGCCUACAAAUGUUAAUACGC